AUUAAAAGAGUUUCAAGAUUUCAAAUAAAUUUAAUUCAUCAUAGCUGUUUAAUGUAGUGCAUCCUUGAAUGAAUAAAUUUUUUGUAUUGGGGAAACACGAAAGAAAAUUUUUUGCAAAAUGAUGCAUGUUAAUGAACAAGGCACUUCACAAAUAAAACCGAAAAAAAAGAACAAAUGGGAAGAGGAAAUUAAAUAUUGCCAAGCAUGUUAUCUAAUGGGCAAGCAAACCCCAUUAAAAUUAUAUCAAAUAAACAUGGAAGAAGCAGUUAUCCUGUGUCCAGAAUAUAAAGAAUGCUGUUAUCCCGAAAUAUAUGGAUUUCAAUUUGUAAAUCGGUCAUAUGAUGAAUUGGGUUCUGAUGUAUCAUCUGAUGACGAGUCUGAUGAUGAAAAUGAAGAUCAUCCUAAACCUGUUAUCUACGAUGAAGUAGAAAAUCUAAUCGAAAAAUUGCAAUCAGAAGUCAGUGAAAUAAAUAACGACAAUUUUAUCGUUAACUCUAUUCUUAAUAGUCCAGGAAAUAAUAAAAAAGAAACAUCUAUGUCGUUGCUAGUUAAUGAAAUAGAUCGUCGAUUAGUGCAUCUUGACGAAAAAGUUGUAGAAAAUAUACAAGAAAAUAAUCGAGUUUUAAUGGAAACCGAGAAUAAAUCAAAUUAUAUUGAUAACGAUUUAUUAAAUGAUUUAGAUGAUAUUUUAAGUGGAUGUAAUGAAGGUGAAGUGUCCCCACCUCCAGACGGAACUGAUGUAAGUAAUGAAUUAAAUUUUUCAGAAAUGCUGUUAUCCCCCAACAGUACAAAAAAAGAAAUUCAAUUAAUUGAAGCACAGUCUGCAGCAUCAACUCCAGAAACUCUAUUACCCAUAACUAAUGAUGCACCAAAACAACGUAUAAAAGUUGUUUCCGAAAAACUAUUAACCCCAAAUAACAUAGAAUUACCAAUCGAAACACAAAAUGUAUCGGCUCAAUGUUUUACAGUUGAACGCACUCAACUUAAUCAAAUAUCGUUAAAAACAAUUAAGUCAUCGCCAGAUGAAGCUGGUGAUUCAUUAUCACAAAAAAAUAUGAUAAAAACAGUAUUAAACCAAAAAAUAGAUACUAAUAAAUCAGAAACUAUGUUGGCCAAUCAAAAAAAUGUUCGUAGAUCGUUAAGAAAAACGAAAAAUGAGUUAUCAACAAAGAGUUAUGAUUUAAGAACGAAAAGUACUUCAAAUUUCAAAAGUGAUCAAUGAAAAGAGAGGAAAAUGUCGCCGUCUGAAGAGUUAAAAAAUUGAAGAAUAUAA